ACUUAUGAGACAGCUGAAGGGUGCUUAAGAACUAACUACUAUGGAACUAAGCAAGUGACAGAAGCACUUAUUCCACUUCUUCUACAGUCUGAUUCAACAAGAAUAGUGAAUGUCUCCUCAGCCUUGGGGCAGUUAAAGUUCCUCUCACAUGAAAGAGCUAACAGGGUACUCAGCGACAUAGAUAGCCUGACUGAGGAGAAAAUAGAUGAGGUGAUCAAGGAGUUCUUGGAGGACGCUAAGGAGGAUUUGCUGGAAACCAAGGGGUGGCCUAUUAAUUGCUCUGCAUAUGUAGUCUCUAAAGUUGCUGUUAAUUCCUAUACAAGAAUUUUGGCCAAGAAACUGCCUAACAUAAUCAAAAAUGCAGUUAAUCCAGGUUUUGUCAAAACAGACCUUAGCCAUAAUUAUGGGCAGUUCACUGUUGAAGAAGGUGCAACAGGACCUGCUGUGAUGCUGGCUUUAGUGCCUGACAGUCGACCAUCUGGCCUCUUUUACAAUCAGAUUGAAGUGUCAACGUUUUGAUAUGAAGCAUCAUAAGAAUGUACUAAGAGAAUUUUGAUUUCCUUUGUUGCCUAAUAUUAUUUCACUAAUCUGUGACUUUCU